AUGUUUAAACCGACAGUCACAUAUUGUGAAAUAUAAAAAAAAUAGAAAAUUAUUAUUGGAAUGCAUUUAUUUGAGCUUCCAAAUAGAUAGCCUUACUUUACUAUUGUAGGAUCAAGAAAUGCUUAGAGAUAAAAAACAAGAUCAUAAAACUAAAAUAAAAAAUUAGAAUUUUUGACUUCAAAACAUAUGUCAACUCUACCAGUAACACCUGCAAGUAAAUCUCCAUCUUUUUUGGAAAGCUCUCGACUUUUAGUAUUAAAGUAAGUUAAUCUCACUCCAAGAAUUAAGUAAUUAAAACCAAAAAAAUAAGUAUAAAUCAGAUAGCAAAAGACUGAAAAUUUCAAUAAAAUAUGUAAUUAAUCACUUAGAUUAAAUUAAUCUUUAGUGAUACCUCAAUAAAAGAAGGUGAAAAAUUCAAUAAGAAUUUAAUAGAUUGAUUCUUAACCUUCAGAUUAAUAAGAUUUUAUUGAUUAUGUAUGUAUUUAAAAAUUAAUAUGA